AUGGGACCGCUCAUUUUGCUUGAAGGCGGGUAUAUCUGGACCUACGAGAGCCUGUGCAAGGAGUUCAACUGGAUUGGAAUGUAUAAGGACACCGAGCGAUACGUCAAAGGGUGCGUUGACUAUGCCAUGGCUAAGGGGCUACCUCGGAACCUGGGCUCGUCGCCCGGUAACUUGUUUGCUACACUAACGUUCCCGGUCUCGAUGGACUUUGUGAUACCGCUACCUCAGCCCACCCGGGAAAAUACGGCGCUGCUCGUGUUCCAGUGCGCGUUCUCAGGGUUCAUGAUGUGCAAAGCCAUGGCGAGCACUGAAACCCAAGAUGUGGCUGAAGCCUAUGAAGAGUGUUUCGGAGCCAGUGAGAUGAUCCGUCACGACCGAGACCCGCGCUUCAUGGGUCGGGUGUUCAAGCACUUCCGAGAGAUGCUCGGGAGCAGGCAACGCCUAUCGCCCCCCGGCCAACGGACAACAAGAUAUGUCAGUGUAGACAGUGAUUCGAAGCGUAAAGGUACGGUGGAUCAGAGUGACUGGGAUCAGAUGGCUUAG